AUGGCCGACGCCCAGGUCUUCGAAGAAACGUUUAACAUCACGUCCAUUAACAACGAGAAAUAUGAUCGUGUCUCGCGCAUCUAUGGCACCUCGACCGACAGCCAGAUCACCAUGACUCUCGACAUUAACCACGAACUGUUCCCUGUAACGGUUGGCGAGAGCAUCAGCCUGGUCCUAGCCACAACUCUUGCCCUCGAUGGCAGCUCAAAGGGCGAAAACGACACAAUGUGGAGAAAUGUAGGCAAACAGGGCGUGGCGACGCUGGCGGAUAUGUAUGACUAUGUCUGCUACGGCAAAAACUACCGUAUGGAAGGAGGCAACGGAGACACCAUAAAAUACUUUGCUAGUUUUGGCGGGCUUUUGCUAUACAUGGAAGGACCUCACCGCAAGCUCAGCGGACUGAAGAUUGACGACAUCUACAUGCUUGUGAAGCACUCAUAG